CACCUCACAUGCUCCCAUUAUAUGAGAAGCACAAGAAGUUGCAUGCGGCAGAAGUGAAGAAUGUUCUGACAUCCUUCGGCCAGAUAAUGCAGUCAAUUUUCUGCAAGCGUGUAGCACGUAUUUUGGUUGAAGCAAACUCCAUUGCUGCAACUUCCAAGGCACAGGUGUCUGAAAGUGUUACUUUUGAUGUUCCAACAAGCAAUGCAGCAAGAGCAUGUGACACCAGGGCUCCACCCCAAACUAGCCCUAUAGUUCACAUGGGUGCCACAGCACAAGAAGCCGAGAUUGAGAUGGAAGCUGCAGGUUGUCCCGACACCAACCAGAAUGGACAUGAUCAGGACAUUUUUUUGGAUAAAAUGCAGUGUUGCGAUAAAGUUGGGAAGGAAGAUGCAGAGUUUGUUCAGGAUAAGGGGGACCAGGAGGAGGUGGUAGCCCCUGAAUACGUGGCGGGAGAUGCAAAAGUCCCAUGUGUUACUGAUGAAGCUUGGCGGGUGAUUUUAUCACAAGGUACCGUGGCUGCAUUGGAUUCACUUGCGUUAGAAUUUGAUGAUGGUCCUUCAUGUAGUCUGUUCAAAGAGGGAACCGAAGACUUCGAGUGGUUCAACAUGGAUCCUGAGACUGCAAGGAAGGUUAUGGAAGAGAAAAAGGAAAAGGAAAUUAAUGGCGUCGCCUCUCCUGAUGUUCAACAACCGCUUUCAGCAGGGCCCACCUUAGACAACAGUCCAGUGCUUGCAAGGCAGAGCAGCGGCUCAAAGCUUCCAGUGCAAUAUGAAGCACCAUCCCCAUGCUUCGACACUGAUCCGAAGCUUCAAAAGUCAUGUGAAACCCGGCCACCUAUAUAUGAUGCAUCUCCAAUUGCAUUCACAGCUCCAGUUGUAUCUUCAGUGCAACAAGAUCGUUUUGAAGCUGAGUUGCAUGAGCCAGGGGAGAAGAUUGUCGAGGCUAACAGUGGGAGCAGUGCUCAUGUGAAGAAGGCGGUUAAGAAAAGAACGGCCCAGCCUCCUGAUGGUGUUCCAAAGAUGAAGAGGAUCAAGAUCGACCGAAAAGAUGAUGCUCUGUACCAGCAGUAUGUGAUGAGUAGGUACAAAAUACCAAGAGCAAAGAAAGAUCUAGUAAUCCCUGAUUUCAUUGAAAUAGAGGGCUUCCACACAUCACUUCAGAACUUCCAUGCUUCAUUAAAGCCACGAGCUGAUCUUGACAGCGAGGUAAUGACACUGUAUCUGAAAACUUUCAACUUGGAGCAAUUGUACAACAAGAAGAAGCCGAAGAAGUUUGCAUUCUCAGUGUUUAUGGGGAGUCAAUUGGCUAUGGAUCCUGACUUGUUUGAUCACAAGAAUUGUGAAAGAGAGUUCAGAAAGGCAUGUGAAAAUAACCAUAUUUCAAAAAGCGAUCUAAAUAAGCAUUGGGCGGUGGUUGUUGUGAACUUGUUGCACAAGCAAUUCAAUGUUUUUGACUCGGUCAAGAACGCCACGGAUGUUAACUUGCUCCAUAAGGCAACCAACAAUGUGAUUGCCAACAUAAAGAAAGUUGCAAGCAAAGAAUCUUCAUUUCAUUUUGAUCUUGAUUUGUUUGAGAAGGUCACCCCAGAUCACCCGAAGCAAUUAACGCAUUAUAAUUGUGGCUUCUAUGCAAUUCUUUUCUUGUAAAACUUCGAUGGUGUUGUCAUGAAGCAUUUCGAUGAGAGUUGCAUCCCAAACCUCCGGAAACGUAUUGCGGCAGAUCUUAUCAAGCAUCCCAGCAAUACCUUAGACCCUGCAGACCAGUUGAAGAAGUUGCUGGAACUUUGAUUGAAGAUCGAAGAUCAUUUUUCAUCAUCAACAUCUAGGGGGUGGAUGGAGUUCGUUCUUCCGGGGA